CACAUGGAAAAAGAAUGCGGAUUUCCGAAGCUCUGGCAAUAUGAGAAUAAUAAACAGUCCGACGGAGAAAAUUAGAGUUUAAAAAUUAAGGAAUAAUGUCGAAAGCGUCAUCUCAGCCCGGCUCUGCUGGGGCUGCAGCCGGCCUGGGACCUUCCUCCUCCUCUUGUUCCUCUCCUUCGGCCGGAGGCUCCGCGUCUCCCGCCAACGCGCUGGAGAAACCGCAGCACUACACAUAUCUGAAAGAGUUCAGGACAGAGCAGUGUCCUCUCUUUGUGCAGCAUAAGUGCACUCAGCAUCGCCCUUUCACCUGCUUCCACUGGCACUUUCUUAACCAGCGUCGCCGGCGCCCCAUCCGCAGACGGGAUGGCACCUUUAACUACAGCCCUGAUGUGUACUGCAUCAAAUAUGAUGAGGGCACGGGAGCAUGCCCUGACGGAGAUGAAUGUCCAUUCUUGCACCGGACAGCUGGGGACACGGAGCGACGGUACCAUCUGCGUUACUAUAAGACAGGCUCCUGUAUCCAUGAGACAGAUGCGAAAGGCCACUGCAGUAAGAACGGCCCCCACUGUGCUUUCGCGCACGGCUCCCAUGAUCUUCGAUCUCCAGUAUACGAUAUCAGGGAGGUGCAGUCUUUGGAGGCCCAGGUUGGUUCUGGAUUGGCUGAGAGUGGAGUGGGAGAGGGACAGUCUGGUUUAGUGGCCAGUACAGCUCUUAUAGAGAAGAUAUUGAGCGAGGAACCACGUUGGCAAGAUAACAGCUAUGUGCUUUCUCACUACAAGACCGAACUCUGCAAAAAGCCACCACGUCUCUGUCGCCAAGGUUAUGCCUGCCCUUACUACCACAACAGCAAAGAUCGCAGGCGAUGCCCUCACAAGCACAAAUAUAGGGCUUUGCCGUGUCCUUCAGUGAAGCACAGUGAUGAGUGGGGUGACCCCAGUAAGUGCGAGAGUGGGGAGAGCUGUCAGUACUGUCACACACGAACAGAGCAGCAAUUUCACCCAGAGAUCUACAAAUCGACCAAAUGUAAUGAUAUGCAGCAGAGUGGCAGCUGCCCCAGAGGGCCCUUCUGUGCCUUCGCCCACAUGGAGAAAGCGAGUGUGAGUGAGGAUCGUCCUUUUCCAGAGUGCGGAUCGUCUCCUACAAUCCCCUGCUCGACAGUGGUAGACAGUACAACCUCAGAGCACGGCUUUCUGGGAAGGAUUCUUGAUGAGGAGUCCUCGGGACUGGAUACCCCUCUCUCCCUCUGGGCAGGAGAAGGGGGUUAUGGGAAAGCCCCAGGGUUUGAGAGAGAGGACCAGGCUAAACAGAAGACAUUUGCAAUGGAACAUCGCAGUAAAGAAAUUGUCCCUGUACAUAGCAAGCCGGAACUGUCUGUAUUUCUGCCAGUUGGCAGCCCCCUCAGCCUAUCGUCCAGUGUGCCAUCAAGUCUGGCUGCAACCCCUCCUAGCCCGGCAUUUCCAGGAUCCUCAACAGGCAUGAAUGCAAACGCGCUGCCCUUCUACCCCACUAGCGAUACUGUGGAGUCUGUAGUGGAGUCUGCACUGGAUGAUCUGGACCUGAAUGCUUUUGGAGUGUCAGCACUGGAGAAGAGCCUGGAGAGCAGCUCUAUGCCCAGCAUGGGGCUUAUGAUAGGAGGAAGCCAGCUUCGGAGUUCGGCUCCUGUUAAUAUUCCCGGAUCCCUCAGCAGCUCCUCCACUUUUAGAUCCCCCUCACCCUCACCUCCAAUCAGAGCACAUACCUCUCCAUUUCUGUCUGCUCAGUUGUCACAGCCCAGCCAAUCGGAGAGCAGCUUUUUGGGAGCGUCUCAUAGUUCAUUAGGUUUGAAUGGAAUGAGCAGUAGUAUUUGGGAGCAUUUCCCCCCUGGGCAGAGCUCUCCCGGGACUCCUCCAGCCUUGCUCUCCACGGGGGCAAUGUUUGCUGAGGCUUCUCGGCUCAAACAGGAAGUGGAAGAGGCUCAUAGGGUGCUGAAGCAUUGGGACCACAGCUGGAGGCAGAUGUCUCAGUCAUGGGCAGUGCUGAAGGCUGAUGCUGAAGAGGCUCGUCUCCUGGCGGGGAGGUUGGGGAUAGAGGCAGAGCGAGCACGGCAAGCUGAAGAGGAGGCACAGCAGCAGGCCACUCUCCUGGAGGAGGCACUAGAGAGCUUGCGCAAUGCAGAGAACCCCCGCAUGCAGCUUCAUCAACUCCAGUUACUGCACAGACUACCACUUAGCUCCAUCUGUAGCCUACAAGCUCAAAUCUGCUCCUGCUUACGCACAGUGGAACAGGCCGUAUACAGGAAGCAGAGGUUGUGUUGCGUGUCAUGUGAGGAAUUGGGCUCGGUGGCGUUGCCGUGCCAACAUGGCGUGUGCUGUGAACGGUGUGUGGCCUCGGUGGAGUGCCCGGUGUGCUCAGAGCAACAGCAGAGCUUUAAUUUACCACAGUCCUAAACAGCAGCCCUAUAGCCCUGAACCAUUCCAUGAGCGUAGCCUCAGCUACUGCUCUGAGCUUCAGCUAAAGCUCAACAUCCCUCCUGGUGGGUUUUAUUUGAAACAUAACUGUGCUGGAACUCUUCACAUGGAGGUUUGUGCCCACUAAACUAAACCUUUACCUCAGCUCUCAUCCACAUUGCUAGUCCUGCUCUUAAAGGAACAUUCCAGCAUUUUUCAGCCUAAUCUCUGUAUGCCACAUCUGUUGCGUACAGUUGAUUACUAUGGACAGUAAUUUUGUUUGUACUUAGAAAAAAACAAGCUGUGGGUCAGUUGCAGAAUUCCAUCAGUAAAAGUUUAUACAAAAUAUAUUUUUGUAGAGCACUCAGAAAUUACCAGCAUAAAGGUAUGCAUGAAGUUUUCAAAGGGAAUCAUACUUGGAUUGUAGCAGCUGCCCAGUGACUUUACCAGUGAGUUUCUUUUCAUGUCAUGUGGUUUCACGUGUUUUGGUCUUAAGUACAGGGAGAAACGUCAAAAAUGUGGUACUUAACUAUACAGUACAGAUGUGGCAAACAGAUAUGAGGUUGAAAAAACUGUUGGAGUAUUUCUUGAAGAACCUAGUCAAGAAUCACAAUGUCUGGUGAACCAAUUUUUUGAUCUUCAAGAAACAAAGAACAACAAAUAUUAAUGUUCAUAAUGCACUGUGUGAGACUCAAAAUUAAUCCCAAGACAGGAAUGGCACUUGCUGGUUGUGCCUUUGUCCAGCAUUUCGUUUAAUCUUUCAGCACGCGUAGAGUUAACAUUUAGCUCUUUUCUAUUGAUUUUAAUCCUAAUCUUGUAAAUUAAUCUUAAACAUUACGGCUAAUAUGACCUUGAUUUGGCAUUAAUAUAUUCGGCACUUCUCCAACAGCUGGUGUAAAGUUAGUUGUUUCAUGAACACCUGGUUCGACUAAUCAGUGUAUUGACUGAAGACUGUUCUAAUAUGGCAAGCUUUAAAUUAAAAGGCCAUUUGCAGAGGAGCUUUCAUGACAUGGAUCCUGCCCUAACCUUUUAAGUCCUAUUAACCAUAACCAUGUCUCAUCUAAUCCCCAUUCUUCUCAUAUACAUCCGCAUACAGGGCUAUUGGCUGGUUCCAUUUUGUUUAUUUUCAGAGCCCAGAAGCAAAUAAGAAGUGUUUGAACUGACUCACUCUAUUUAGAAUUUCCUUUUAUGUCAUAAAAUUGUCAAUUGUGGGAACAAAUGAUGUUGAAUUUGAAGGUUAUGAACACUAUCACUUCAGCUUAUAUUUAGUUUAUUAAUACGAUUUUCCCUCAGACACAGUGUACAACUUAAUGUGUCUGAUUCAAGUGGACAUGAUUGUGAACAGCAGCACAUCUCCAGAAAAAUGAGGAGACAUUAGAGCCAACAAUGUGGUUAUUAUAUAGAUUUGUGAUACAGCGUCAGAUGAAGGCCCAGCAAAAAAGGGUAAAGUGUGACAAUCACCGCUUAUUGCCUCAGCAUUUACACAGCAGAGUGCCAGAAUGUUCAGAAUGAACAUUCAUGGCAUGCUUUCAUUGUCUACUCAGUGCAGGUCCUGGAUUUUAUAUGUUAAGCUCAGAUGUCUUUGACAAAUGAAGCAGUAUAACAGUACUGAAAGCUAACCAUUGCUUUUGUAGGGUCUUUUUUAAAGUUUUGUUUAAAAAGAAUCCCAGGGUUUUCUACAGAGAAACACGAUUACUGUGCUCUUUAAGCAGAGAUGGAAAACAUGCUCGUUCAUACAGCUCAGUAUACACUCAGGUUUUUUCUUGAAGCAUUGGAUCCAUGAAUCUGCAAUAGGGGGCCAGGAAACUAUAGAAAGCAUUUAAAGCCCUAUACAUAGUUCCCUAUAUAGGAUAUUGAUUCUGUGUUAUGAAACAAGCCAGUUUGAAGCUUUCUGCUCUUUUUCAUGCAAGCUUUUGAUUGGUUUUGAUAUUUUUUGUGUGAACAGGUGUCAAACAGUGAAGUUUGAUUCAGGAUCCUUUAUGUACACUCCAGUUACCCACUGAAAGGGCAGCAUAUUGCAGGAGACUGCCACAGAUUUCUCAGAAUUUCUGUAUGAUCAAGUGAGUACGAUGUAAAGUCAUUCAGAGUGGUAUGUUGUGAAACAUUCUAGAGAAACUUACAGAGUUAGAAUUGUUUGCAGUGGUGGUGAUGGGAACCAGACAUCUGAAACAUUUAAUGCCUCUAAAAGCUCCCUCCCAGAAAGUCAGACUUUGCCUGAUGUCAGUAUCAUUGAGAAAAGAUUUUGGCCUAGAGCAAAUUAUUUAGAUCCAUUUAUGGUGGAUGGGUACAUGCAGGGUGUUUAAGGCAAUGUAGUCCACAAAAAACAUGUUUUUUAUAUUAUAUCACAUAUAAAAGCUCACAAGAUAUGUGUAGGUUCACUGGUUGUAUUGGACAGAAAAUAAAAGGGAUAUAUUUGCAUUGCAGACAUCAUAACCCCAUGCUCCCAUCACCAACAUCGUAAAGAAUUCAGUCAGUAAACCUUUCUACAGUGGAUCAUUUCACAUCAAAACGCUCAGAAGGACUUUGUCUAUUUCUCAAAAGACCGAAUUUUGCAAACAUUUAUGAAAAAGAAAAAAAAAUCUGUGGAAUUCUCAAAUAUGCCAGCAGUACUGGGUGAGCCUAUACAGACAUUUUGAACAAAUACUGACUGUACAGUUUUGAAAUCACACCACAGGUUAUGGUUGUAGUUUAGACUUUGGUGAGGAUUAGGUCUAAAUAAAGACAAAAUCUGAAUAGGCUCAUGCUGCAGUUCACUAAGUGUUCAAUUCCAGUCUUGCAGUGAUGCUUCACUGGACAGAUUCAUCUUUUCCUACAAAGAAAACUUUCAGCUCAUCAAGAAGUUGAUAAUUAGCUGAUGAGAUGAAUCAUGUUAUUAAAUGCUCUGUCCUGGAGGAACAUGGCCCGAGUGGGAGCAGAGGUGCUAGGAGGAUUUCCAUUCAGCUUAGUAUGAAGGUGGGGGAAUUUGACCUCUUCAACAUCAGAGCUUCACUGUGAGUUCUGUAGUCGUCUGCUCUGAAACGUUCACCUACAGUGUUUCGAUCUGAUUUUGUACGAGACAAUAAACAAAUGUAUAUUUUUGGAUGAAAA